AACAACUAGGGAGACCAGGAUGUCCCGACUGGAGCCUUUUUUUUUUCCUGGGGAUCUGCUGGCUUGUCUGGCCGGGAGCUCGGAUCUUCCCAGGACUGUUAGGUCCGUCUGCUGCUCGUAUGAUGGCUGGUCUUAUCACCUGGACCGAGCUUCCCGGAUCAUGGUCAAUUGGGGGCAGGGCGACAAGGGGGACGAGAAAUGGAUGGAUUGGGGAGAGUCUCGGUCGGAGGUCAAACGCUUCUUCUCCUCAGGGGAUCUCUGGACAGCUCGACGAAUAAUGAUGAAUGAGCGGUGGUGGAGAGGAGGACGUUGGCCUGCCAAGCUGGGCUAAAACUGGCGCGAGUGGACUUUGGACGUCUAGGAUUCCAAGGGGGGGAAUUCUGAAGCAUCCGCCAGCGGUUUCAGAAUUUGCGGUCCAGGGGAGGAAGCACGACCCCAUCGCCGCCAACGGGGAUCGUCGGCUCCCUUGAGGCUGGUGGUCUGCUAACUACUAGUCCAGGCAUCAAUAAUCAUCAUCCUGC